AUGUCAGCUGAUGGAUUUUGGUUAUUUGAUGGUUUGGAAGAGGAACCAUAUGGCCUUUUACCGCUUGUGAAUUUAUCUGGAAAAGGUGGACCAACAUCAACGAAAUUUGUCGAAAGAAUUGGCUCAUACCAAUGGUAUCUGAAUGAUGAAACACCUACCAUCAUUAUGCCUGGUAUGCCUCCGGAAUCUUUCUUUUGGGCAGGUGGCAAAUUACAGCAGGAUCACGGAGUGGUUAUAUACGAUGUUAAUCACUUAAAAAUUCCGACUGGUCCGUUAGAUACAGCGAUAUUAGCUGCACAUCACAUAACAACAAAAGUAAAGAAACCAAUUAAUUUCAACGACUAUAAUUUUAUCACCGAUUCUGUAAACUUGCAAAAAUUGUUCGCAUUUGCGCAGGAAGCUGGUGAUGGAUUGUUUCGAAUUGAUGCGGAACGGAUAGGAAAAACCGUUUUAUUAACAAGAAUGGAAGCAUCGGAUCUCAUGGAAAUUGGUCAUGUAACAUUUGAUCAAGCAUUGAAACGAAAAAUGACAAAAGCAAGGUCAAAAUUCACUACUGGCCCAUUUUUUCAGCUUGUUUCUUACCAAUUUGGCCAGUUUAAACUACUGGUACGAUUCGAAGUUGAUUGUGCUGAUUAUGCUGCUGUGCAAAAACAAAGCGACAACCAUCUGGAAAAAGAAGGCGAAUUGGAACCAAAAAAAGAGAAGUUUAAUGAAAAUAAUGCAAUUUCAUACAUAGAAUAUGGUGAAGUACCACGAAAUGUUCCGUUGCAACUUCUAACAACUUAUCCACAAGGUGCUGGAUUUCCAUUCUUUACAUGGGCACAAAUGUUUUUCACUACUGCAGAUCAGGAGAUCGUCGGAUGGUUCAAAGGAAAUGGUGAUUUUGGAAAGCCAGCAAUGAAUGCUCUCUCCGACAUUUCUAAGCUAAUUAAACCUUUGCCCUAUGUAGUACUAUCGAAAGUUCACGAUUGUUUAGAUAAAAUUGCAAAAUUUUUGAUAAAAAACGAUCCUGAAUUCAAAUGUGCUCUGAUAUGGAAAGGUAAAAAUCAUUUAGAAAUUUUUGCUAAAACGAGUUCCACUGGGGCUGUUUCACCUGGAGUAAAAGAAAUGCUGAAGGCACAAUGCAAGGAACCAGAUGAAUUGGAAGAAUGA